UGUUCACCACCAAGGCGGGAAAGGUCCAGACCAUCCCCUCCUUGACCAAACAGCUGAAGGCCAUCACUGGUGAGACAGUCAUUGGUCUUCAAUAUGUGUGGGAGUACCGCAGCCCCAGUAAGUCAGUCCCGCCCCACUACCAGUGUAAACUCUGCAAGGUGAGCCAUCUGCAGACUGACAUGCUGGCUCACAUCAAGGGCUGGAAGCACUCCUUCAGAUACAUGAAGCAAAACCAUUCUGCCAAGAUGCCCUUUGCGGAGAAUGCUGCCACAAAGGACCAUGAAGUGAGGAAGAAGGUGAAAGAAGCAGCAGCAGAGCUGGAGAAGGCAGAGGGCAGGGGACAGCUAAAGGUGAUUCUGAAGGAGCCCAGUGAGGUCCAAGCGUUCGCAGGACUACGUUCAGCAAUCCCCAACAUGGGGCUUCCAGGAGGGAUGGGACCUAGAGGACCAAAACCAGGUGGCAGGUUUGCAGAGCCUCUGUUCCCAGGGGAGUUCCCUCUCCAAGACGGCCUCCUCGACUACCCCAUGGGUGGUAUGGGGGGCUACUCUGACCCCCUGUCUCGCUCCAGCUUCCGAGGCUACCCUGACAAUAUAGGGGGUCAGAGGCUGGGGGGUUCAGCCGAUGGCUUUGGGCUGGGAGGGGGAAGGGACGGUGGCUUUGGCCAGGGUGGGCUGUUGGGGGAGAGUCCGGGAAGCCGCUACCCUGAGGAGUUCAGAGGAGGACAGAUAGGUAAUGGAUCAGGCCAGGGGUUGAUGGGAGCAGUACCUGAAAGCAGCAGCCUUCCCUCUACACUGCUCAAAUACCUGGACAAUUUCCAGAUCGAGAAUGAGGGCGAUGCUCAGAUCGUGCUGAAGGUGACACAGAAGCUGACAGACGUCCUGAUGGACUACAGACUUAGGAGUGUUUCCUCGCAGGGUCCUAGUAUGAAGAGCAGUUCGUCGCUGGGCUCCAUGAGCUACUCCGAUUCACCCAGAAUGUCUAGCGGUAGUGACCGCUUCUCAGGUGGCCUCUCUGGGAACCUCUCCGGCCCUUCCAGAUACUCUGAUGGUCCAUCCAGGUACUACAACUAACUGAUCCAUCCCCACGUGACACAACCAUCUUCCUGGGAUAACCCAUCCUCCGCCCCCCCCAAGAUAUACCCUGAGAGUCCAUGGGGUCUGCAGCUGUCUGUCUAGCCACUGAACAGAGGAUUUGUUUUUUUUUUAUAGUUAAAAUGUUCCUUCAAAGCAGAAACUCUUAAACAAUUGUGUACUUAUUAGUGCAGACUUUGUUUUUAUAAUAACUUUUCUUUUGACAUUAAUAGGUUGGACCAAAGUUUGACUUUUAGUUUUAACCAUUGUCCGUAUUCGUAUGUGAUUUUGGCAAAUAUUUUACUGGGGUUUCUUGGAUAUCUUGUGUUGUGUUUAGAAAUGACAUGUUUGAGAGAAUAAGUGUCAAAUGUUUAGGGAAAAAUAUGUUUGGAGGUAAACGGGUUACUGACGUACUGAAUGCUGUUUGAGUUGGUCAUCCUCGUUUUCUCCACAUCAGGCUUCACCUGCGGGAUCAUCUGAGACAAGCCACCCCGACAGCUGUGUUUCUGUCUAAUUAAAACUCAUUCUGAUUGGCUGGGCCUGAACGGAAUCCCAGGAUGUACAGUGCAUUUGGAAAGUAUUCAGACCCCUU